UGUGCAUGCGCGUGGAAGGAAAGGAGCACAAUAAUGUGGGAUCUGAAAAUGCAUGCGCGCGCACACACACACACACAGAGAGAGAGAGAGAGAGAGAGAGAGAGAGAGAGAGAGAGUUGUCCUUUAAAAUGCAGAGCGUUUCCAAAAGUGCACUAGGCGCGCGCGCACUUCUCUCGCCCUGCAGAUAGGCGAUAAGGCAAAUGCAUCAUGUUCAUCCUCCUCGCACGCGCUCUCCUCACAACUCGAGUUAAUGCGCGUUUCUUACUGCUCUAUUAAACUUGUUUGGCUGUCGGAAUUGUUGGGGAGGACCACGAAGAUUAAACGAAUCCGAUUUUAGUCUUAUCUGACACUUUUAUACGCUAUCAGAAGACACUGUAUAUGGAUCUCGCGCGUGCUCUGCAGAGAACAUAUCGGAUUCGCCACUUACGUGCAUUGGACUUGAUUAACUGGAGUCGCAUCGGAUUGGGGACAUUUGUGUAAUUAGUGUGCAUUUAGCAGGAAGGGGGGAAGGGGGUAAAAAAAAAGUUAGUUUGCAGUAAGCUGAGAAAGAAAAGGACUAUAAAUCAGGUAAGCUGUAUGGAUGCUGUCAAUGCGACCACCUGUACCGGCUGUGCUUUUGACUUGCAUCAGUGAAGCCUUUCUUCGGACUUGACACGCGAGGUACGUUCACGUUACCUUGCAGUUGCAAACCUGGGAAAGCGCGGCGGGCAUGCGGCACGCGCGGAUGCAUGGCCGGGCACGGUGCUCUCCGCGCGCUGCUCCUGCUGCUGCUGCUCGUGGCCGCGGGGGCGUGCGCAGGGGCCGCGGAGCGCCUCGCGUGGCUGCUGGCGGACAAGGGGCCGUUCCGUCGCGCGCACGAAUUCACAGAGUUCUCCGAGCGACACCAAAACGGUUUCACUACCCGCUACAAGAUUUACAGGGAGUUUGGCCGAUGGAAGGUGAACAACUUGGCUGUGGAGAGGCAGGAAGCAGUGCCCUUUGACCCCGACUUUGUGCGCAACAUCAGGCAGCUUGGGCGACGGCCGAGCCUGCAGAUGAUCGCGGACAACAUCAUCAAGAAGUAUGGCACUCACUUCCUGGUCUCAGCCACUCUUGGAGGCGAAGAGUCCUUGACCAUUUUUGUGGAUAAGCGGAAGCUGAGUGAAGCCCAUUCAAACAGCAGGGCCGCUAACGGCACGCUGACUCUCGAGGCCCUCCAUCACCUCGCUGCCUCCUACUUCAUCGACCGAGACAGCACGCUGAGGAAACUGCACCACCUCCAGAUCGCCUCAGCAGCCAUCAAGGUAACUGAGACGAGGACUGGCCCCCUUGGCUGUAGCAACUAUGACAAUCUCGACUCUGUCAGCUCGGUUUUGGUCCACAGCCCUGAGAACAGAAUUCAGCUCCAAGGCCUCCAGGUCCUUUUGCCGGAGUACCUCAGGAGCCGGUUCGUGCAAGCGGCACUAAGUUACAUUGGCUGCAACGGCGAAGGCCACUUCACAUGCCAGGACAACGACUGCUGGUGUCAGUGUAGUGAUGGGCACCCACAGUGUAACUGCCCCCACGCCAGCCUCCGAGCACAGCAAAGCAACUUGGAGCACACCAACGAGGCCUGGAGGCAUGCCAACCAGGAGUUUGAGCAAUCAGAAGAGUUCCAGGCUUUCAUGGUACGACUGUCGACACAUGCAGCCCUGAAUUUGUCAUCAGUGUGGCGCGCAUGGCGGAGCGAUGCGGCACUGCAAAAACGCUACAGGAAGUUGGAGAACGAUGCCAUUUUCCUCCUCAAUAAAGUGCAAGGAUGUGCCGCUAAACUCUUCGGCCUCAGCCGGAGAUGCCGCUCACAACCCAAAAUAAUUCUGCCAAGGGAAAGGCGUCUCGGUUACUGGCUACAACACAGCCUUUCCCUUCUGUACUGCAGUGAAGCUGAGAGUCCAGGAAUCUACUCGGAGGUGACGCACAGCUGCGUGUGCCCAGGUGGCCACCUGUCCUGCCAGGGAUUGAUCCCCUGCUCAGUGGGCACCGGAAGCCGUUGCGCAUCAUGCUCUCCGGAAAAUCGAACACGUUGCUCAAGCUGCAACAGCGGCUUCGCGUUAAGCCAAGGAUUGUGCCGUCCUGCUGCUCCAAGCCCCACCAAACAGUACCUUGGCACCGAGACGGAAAUGCAUGACUUGGAACUGCGUGAUCUCCUGGAGCAGCGCGACGCCCACCUAGCCUUAUCCGCCAUCUUCGUGAGUAGCGACGUCAAACUCAACACCUGGUUUGAACCUUCAUGGAGAAAAAGGAUGCUCCUCACUCUAAAGAGCAAUAAAUCCAAGUCAAGUCGAGUGCACAUGCUGCUAGGAAUUUCGGCGCAGAUUUGCAUGACGAAGAACUCAACUCUGGAGCCGACGCUCUCUGUUUCGGUGAACCCAUUCGGUGGGAGUCACUCAGAGAGCUGGACGAUGCCAAUGAACCAAAACGGGUACCCUGAUUGGGAGAAAACGAGGUUAGACACCCCUAUAGACUGCUACAACUGGACUUUAACUUUGGGAAACCGCUGGAAGAGCUUUUUCGAAACGGUCCAUUUCUACCUGAGGAGCCGAACCCAGAGCGACGGCGCUCAAGGGAACGAGACGGUCGACUCGGAAGUGGCGAACAGAAACGCCUCGCAGCAUGUCGGGUACAUGAAAAUCAACAGCAUUCAGCUGUUUGGAUACAGCGUGCACUUUGACCCAGAAGCCAUUCGAGAUUUGAUCCUGCAGCUGGACUAUCCAUACACGCAGGGAUCUCAGGACUCGGCGCUGCAGGAGUUGAUGGAGAUUCGAUACAGAGUCAAUCGAUUAUCUCCUGCUGGACCGACACCUCUGGACCUUUUCUCAUGUCUCCUUCGACACAGACUCAAACUCUCGACUUCAGAGGUGUCGCGAAUUCUCGUGGCACUGCAGGCUUUCGGCGCCAAACACAGAUACUACACAGAGUACGAAGCGGUCAAACUUUGUAGCUAACAAGUAACAUUCAGAUCCAGUUUAUUGCUUUGUUUUGAUGAAAUGCCGACAGUCUGAAGUUUUGUUUAGUUUCUUUUCUUUUUUUUUUUUAUGACUGAAUUGCUGGUUUUGGUGUUUGAUAUAGACUGUUUUCCUCUUCAUAGAGAUGUUUGUAUUUGAUGUCUGAUGUAGAUCAAAUGAAACGCAAAUGUUUUACCUUAAACAAAUGUGUUUUCGUGAAAAACAAUCCCAGCAAUGUUGCAAAUUUUGAAGUAAAUAAAAAUGGGUAAAAAUCGUUUUUGAAGUGCCUUACAUGGUGUAUAGCAACUUUAGCAAGCCCCAGACUCCACGCUCAUUAGUAUGCAAGUCUGCUUUAUUUUCCACUGGUCUCUAUAAUCAAGAAUACAGUCAUAUAAACAAAAAUAAUUCGCUUAAUUAUUCUACUUCCACUGCACAGCAGGCCACAGCUGUAGAUACGUACACACUGUGAUUACUCUUUGAACGUUCGUAUUGUGCUGGUGUAAUAUUUUGGAUCUAAUUUUCAAUGAAGUGUGAAUCAUUCGAGCGACUCUCAGUUUGGUAAAUAGCUGUUGAUGUUGAUUGUUGAGUCUUAAUUUGUCGUGCUUAGCGGACGUGAUGGUUUUGCAUAAUUUUUAACUUGAUGCAAAAUUACACAGGUUUCACGUCGUAAACAGCAGACUCGGAGCUGCUCUGUCACACUUGAACAAAUACUCGUCCAGCGUUAAGUCCGGCAUCUCUGUGUGAUGGUCUGAUGCAUAAAAUCUACUGAAGAACGAAGUCCACACAAUUAUUUAAUUCAAUUAUUUAUUUAAUUAGGAGACACUUGUGUGCUGUAACAUUUAUGGAAGGAGUCUCCAGUGUCAGCGCUUUGUAAGAAUUACUGACUUUUCCUUCUACAGGAAAGUUUUCAGGACAGGUUGCAGGAGUUUUUUUGUUUUGUUUGUUUCAAGCUAUUUGUUUAUGUUUUGAGAGAGCAGGGGGCAUGGUGGCUUAGUGGUUUGCUUCGCACCUCCGCCCUCUGUGUAUGUUCUCCCCUUGGAGAACCCGGGGUUUCCUCCAGGAAAAUAGAUGGAUGGAUCACAAGAGAACCUGGUGGAGGAGCAACUUAUAGUUUAUAGCUGCUAUAUCAUAAGUUAUAACAGGAGCUAACAGGAGCUGUGUAGCAGACGUUCCAUUACAUUAAAAGGAACUAAAUAGUUUAAAAGUGUAACGUGUCGUUCGUUAAUAAAUUAAAUAUUGCAAUCGUUGGCAAAUCGCUGUGGUAUAAGAAAUUCAUAUAGCAGUCAUUCUUGACAAUUCUGUAUUUUAAUUGACAUAAAACAGAUCUCCUAAGGUAAAUCUAUGGACAAGGACGUUGCAAAAGGUAGAUUAUGUUUUUAGUCAUACAUUUCUUUGUCCAU